CUCCAGCAAUCAAGAAUAUCCGUGUUAUCAAAGCAUAUGAUAGCCUACUUGUAGAGCGUAUUUGCAAAAUUGUUAUGGGAAAGGUCGAGCACGACAUAGCUUGGAAAAUUUUGGGAUCGAUCAUCAAUAACUACAGCUGUGAGAAGUGGGGCUUAUGAGCUUAUUGAAGAAUGCAUAUUAGCUUACCCAUGCAUAAUCUAGUAUGAUGUUGGUGGGUUUAGUUUGUUCCUUGAAGCCAUCAAACUACGUACGCCAAGAACGAGUAUACAAUCUUGUGUACCAAGUGUCUUGCCACGGAGUAUUUUUAAUAACACAACUUGAUUAUGUAGAAAAUGAAAAUGCAUUACAUAUAGCUGCUAAGUUGGGCAGGGGCGGACUUAUUAAGAAAGAUCGGUUCCCAGGAACCCAUUCGGUUUUUUAUUUUUAGUGUAAAUAUAUGUAACAAACUGAAAAGGAACCCAUAAGUAAAAUAUAUAGGGAACCCAUAAACAAAAAGUAUUUGGUAGUGCACUGGUUAAUCGUUGUUCAUUCACGCUUGAUACCCGGGUUCGAAUCUUGUAUGGUAGAAUUUUUAAAUUUUGUUCCCUUUUUUUAAUUUUCUAUUUUUAUUUUUUUCCUUUAAAACCCAUUUAGGGUUACAACACCCAUAACAAAAAAACAACAGCAGGCUGGCUACCUACGGACUGAAAAACAACAGCGACGCCUCCACCCUCACCCUGUCUCCUCCAGCCGACAACCGUCCUCCUCCGGCCGUUGUUCACAGGGAUGGAAUUCUGCCCAACAUGUGGGAUGUUGUUGAAGUAUGAAUUGCCACACAUGUCUCGUCCUGCCCGAUUUUUCUGCCCCACGUGUCCGUAUGUUAGCCAGAUUGAACCCAAGGUCAAGAUCAAAAGAAAGCAGCGGUUGGUUAAAAAAGCUGUAGAUCCGAUUAUCACGAAAGAUGACAUGAGUAAUGCACCAAAAACGGAUCAAGCACAUUGUCCAAAUUGUGGUCACAACAAGGCUGCAUAUAUCCAGUUUCAAACAAGGUCAGCUGAUGAGCCCAUGACAAUAAACUUCACGUGUGAGAAAUGUAGCCAUUGUUGGCGCGAGGACUAGCUUUCAUCUCCUUUCAUGCAAAUUCAACAUCGGAUGGUUAUUUUGAAUUCCUGUUUUUUCUAACAUGGACCUACAGUGCUUAUAUAUAAAUAUGGCUUAACAGCUCAAUUCUAUUUAUGAACUUUUUCAAGUUUUAAUUGAUUUAA